UGUAGCCUAUCGUACAGGCCCGCUGCAUAAAAGGCUAGGUCCUUCGUCAGUUCAAACAUCUUGCAUAGUGGUAUGCAGAAGGUGUUGCCAUAUGCUGCAACAAUCGCCUUUUCUUCAUCGGUCCCGACGUGGUCACUGGCACUGACCUGCAGGGCCCUGAUGGUCCCGUCGUUAGGGUUAAUGCCCUCUAAAACAAGGUUGUUGUCCCUAUCAAAUUUUGGCAGCCAUAAGUCCCUAUAUACGGCUAGGAUAUUGUAAUCCGACAUGUUCUGUAUCUUGUUGCCGUUCAAAGUGAUACGUAGGUUCUUUACCAGGCUUUUACCAAUGUUACUAACAAUGGUACGUUUCGUGUUGGUCUCCGUCAGCGUCAGGUCAAAUAAGAGUCUGAUGGACCCCGGAAAGAUGACACCAUUCCCGGAUACAUUAGGCAUAUGCACAUGCAGGUCCUCUUUCUUGGUGAUGGUUGAAGGUAUGUGACUUAUCUAAACCCUUUGUUUUCGGCCCUUUAUACCAAAGAGUUGCUUCAUCUCUGCAUAGGGGUCUAGCGUCGUUCCAAAUGCAGUCAUGUUUAUUAUAUAUAGGAAAUCUUUAAAUAAAGAAUGCCAACCAAUCCAUUAUUUGUACCUGACAUUGAUAUUGAUGUUGAGGAGGAGGAUGGAGGCCAUCCAGAUAAGCCAGAUGAUACUACGUCAAAACUCCCCGGAACGCCAAAACUUCCCGGAACAUCGGGGCCUUCAACAAAACAUCAGCAAGGGGAUACACUGACCGGGCAGAGGCAAAAACUACUAAAAAAAAACUACUAAAGAUUGAUGGCCUUUACGAUCGUGUUACGGAAAAAAUGGGGUUGCAGCGCAAUGCGAUAUAUUAUAUGUUCAGGAAAGAGAAGGGGAAUCAACUAAUUGUUAAGGAGAUAGUGAAGGGCAAGAAAACCUUCAAGGAAAUAGUGGUUAUAAAUCAAAGUGGUAGCCUAAAAACUGUUGGUCAGAUACAAACGCUCCGGGGUAGUAAUCGCCUGCAAGCCCUGGGGUUUGUCGACUAUGUUACACCCAAUAAAGGUGGUAAAUAAAAUAGAGGAGGAGGCCGAACAUAUUGAGAUGGAAUCGUUGGAGGAAAUCGAUGAAUUUGUAGAUGCCACGGAGAGCGUUAUACAAGACACUUCGUUUGUCGGGCCCGAUGAAGGUGGCAUCACCCCACGUGAAAGAAAGGGACUUGACCUCGAACUUCAGACAUUAAGGGGUAAUUUGAAAAGUCUGAAAAACAAGAUGAUCCUAUACGACAGCGAGAUGAACAAGGCAGAGGGCAGGGUGAAAGAACUUGAGAAGCAGAAGGUUGGGGCGGACGAAGGACAGCAAGCUAACCUUGAAAGGGAAAUAGAAAAGGCGAAGAAAGAGAUUAAGGAUCUGAACGAUAAAAAGAAGGCCAUAGGGGAAGCACACGGCAUACUAUCCACCGACAUAUACGCCCAACUGAGACACAUCAAAGACACGCUGUUGAAAAUCGCCAAAGAUAACACAACUCUGCUUGAAAAGCUUAAAAUCCUCUUCAAAGAGCAUGAUAUAACUAUAGCGAGCAUCGUCUCGGCAAUGGACUACUGA